AUGCCUUUCACCGACACCGUGUCCACGCUGAGCGGACGCAACUCGCGAGCCAGCAACGUCUCUGGCCAGUCUCGCUCGCAGCAUCGCUCCCCACCGACGAGCACGACCGAGCCAUGGUCCAAUGCAGGAGUUCUGAGCAUGUUAAAGACUUCAACAGAUACGGGCGAUAUUGGUGCACUUUCAUUCAACACCUCGCGUCUCCCUGGCAUGCCGUCUGCCCGGCACCGCGGACGGCCAUCCAACACAUCGAAGCAGUCGGCUUCUGGUCAUCCUCAUAUCACCAGUCUCUCAUCGAAUCACAGCUACGCUCCAUCCCAGACUUCACGCGUCAGCUCGCAGUGGGACAAUGCUUCCAUGACCCAGCGUCGAGGAUCGCUCACGAGCAUGCAGAGCAUGCCUCCGUCGAUGCCGCCACUUCACACUGGCAAGCCCGCGAUCUCAAUGCAGCAGCCAUUGCAAGAUCUCGACCCGCGAGACAGCAGAUCCUAUUCCAUGGGUUCGACCGUGCCUACUGGCCAGCUGCCCAGGCUUCGCUCAGCGGCCAGUUUGAAGAGCCAAGGACACGAACCAAGACACAUGAAUGCCAUGCCGCCAGGCCCUGUGCCUCCAAUGCCGGAGAACCGGUCGCCUUUUGUCUACCCGACCAGACUGAAGCGGCCGGGCUUUCGUUCUCCUUCGCCAGCACUGAGUGACUCUUAUGCUGGCCCUCACAUGGGUGGACCACAAAUGUCGCGACGAGCACACGGUCCUCAGCCUCCGCCAAUGACCGCCUACAAUGGGUACAAUGCUCCAUACAUGAUGGACUACAGCAACUCGCAGACGAGCAUGCGCGGUCCUCCUCGUACUGCAAACAGUUCGCCGGGCCCAUCAUAUGCGCAUCCACAGUAUGGGUAUCAGCAGGGUCCGAUGCGACCGCCUCCUCCGAUGGCCAUGCCACCACCAAUGCCACAACCGUAUUCGCAGCAAUACCCGCUGCAAUCUAUGGGCCCUCAGAUGCCACCGCGUGCUCACUACGGGCCCCAGUAUCCGCCUGGUUAUGCCUAUCCACCAUAUGGCCAACCACCUCCACCAGCGAGGGCCCGUGGACCACCACCUCCUGCCAAUGUCGGACCCAUGGCACAUCACAUGUUUCACAACGCAGCUCGAAUGGCACGUAAUCUGCCGCAUCGUACUGACACGCCGAUGACUGAUGGUGGUCCUCCUUCCUCUGAUCCCGCUUCUGCGAGCUCAGCUCAGGACUCUUCAAGUCCUCCGACGCCCAGAGAUGCAACGACUGUGCGCGUGGUGGUUGAUCCCGCCUUCAUCGAGCCUGAGUUGCUUGAUCUACCGGACUCCAGUGAGCCGAUGCUGCCUGGUCACAAGUACUUUGAGUACGUAGAUGGUCGCGACGACAAACAAGCUGAGGUUCCGCACGCCUCGAUACCUCCUUCUGGUUUUGUCCAGCGCGUGAAGGCCAUGCUCGAGUCGAAAGCCGCAUUGGAGGCUGCACAGCAAAACGAGCACGACAAAGCCAUGCAGCUGGUACAUCCAAUGCAACUCUAUCGUCAUGAGCUGGACGUGGAGAAUGAGCAGGAGGGUGAAGUGUCCGAUCUUGAGCUGCACGAGAUGGCCGCCAAUGAGACUCCCCGGUUUACCAUUAUUGAGGAAUUCGAAGCACCUGUCGAGCUCCCAGCAUCGCCUGUGAAGGUUGCUGAACUUGACGCUACGGAGGCCACCACUCGCAUCACAAGAGACAUGAUUCGAGCUGAGCUGUCUUGCAUUUCGACCGCUGACAAUACACUUGAACAAGCACAGCCCGAUGAGUCGACCGCCAAUGUCAUCAAGCAGCUUGUUGAGCGAGGUGAUGAGCCUUCGACAGGAUCGGACCCCAUAAAGCAAGAGUCAGCGCAUUAUGGCCAUUCUCGCCGUUCAUCCCGCCAAAGUGCAAUCAGUGCGAGACGCCGACAAGAUCUGAUUCAUGAGCCCAUCACGGAGGCAUCCAUGGAGGCGUCUUUGCCCAGCGCUGCGGACUAUGCCAUGCGCUUCCAGGCACCUGUCGACACGACCCAUUCAUCUGAUGAGUCUCAGUCCAGAGACCCAUUUGCGCUCGACGCCGAUACUGUUACACUGCAGCACCAAGCUGCGGCAGCCAAAGAAGCAACUCGCACGGAGCAGAUGGAAGAUGGCAAGAAGACACCAGGCAUAGAAUCAGCACGGCAGAGCGUCUUUCUAGACUUGACGCCAGUGAGCCCAUUGAAGCCAGGAGAGGAAGUGAAACGCUGCUCUGCUGUCAGCCCCGUGCAAGAAGAUCCGCGUGGCAUCGACGAGACCUUGCACGUGGCCGGCAACGAGACGGAGCAAGAGCAACCCCCAACAGGCUUCCAUGAAUUUACCACAAUCGAUUCUCGCGUCGCUGAAGCCGACUUCAUUCCUCCAACUCCCCGGACGCCCAAGACUUAUUCGAAGUCCGUCCAGCUCCAUCGGCCUAGCCCGCAUUCUACUGACGGCACGAAUACAUACAGCAACCGUUUCUCACUGCCCGGUGACCUGAGCACUGUCGGCGACACCACACUGCAGUCCGCAUCUGACAUGGUCACCGAUGUUGCCGUACGAUUCUCUCUUCCUGGUACAACGGUCACUGUCGGCAAGCCACAGAUCAUCGAAGUGUCACCUCGUUCGACUCCUGACAAGCCGAAAGAGGAGUCGCCAAACUUCCAGCCGCAUUUUACAAAGCAAGCAGGGCUUAGGCCGAGUCGUCGCAAUUCCGUCACAUUUGCUGAUGAGAUUGCACCUCUCAACAUCAAGAAGGCGGAGCCAGCCAGAUCCGACAUAUCUUCCAACCAGCACAAGUCGAUCAUUCGCAAGCCGGCUCCACGUGAUGACCUGCAUCAGUUGCAAAAGACCUCACGGGACAGUGCUGCGGACAUUACGUCCAACUUCAAUCACUCCACACAUGCUCGUUUCGGCAGUGCUCACUUGCGUCAGCUCCCAGGGCUGAAGGAAGAAUCGAUUGAAGACUUGAGCAGUCCGGAACGGAGGCGUGCAACCAAUCAUGCCGAGUUCGCACUGCCAGCUCGCAUCGCUGCUGUCAAAGCUAUGCAGGAGAGGCGCUUGCAAGACUCUGGUGACAAGGCAAAAUCUCGGCGUACUGUUCAGAAGCACAAUCGGCCUCUUGCGGACACCAGAGAUCUUCCAUCACUGAACUUCAGUCGUACAGAUCUCUUCGAGAAGCUGAAUGAUGCUCUGGAAGUGCGCCCAGUCAAGUCAAUGGACGUCAUUCGUCGACGCGAUUUCACAGGCAUCCAUUGCCCAUCUCCACAACGUCCGAUGAGCACGGAACCUCUUCGCGAUCGUUAUGCCAGCUUUUUCAACAAGCCUGAGGACUUCAGCUUCUUCGAAGAAGUCGACACCAGUGAUGACGAAGAUGAGUCUGGGACGGAGGAUUUCGUGGAUAACAGUAGGGCGCUUGUGCCGGUCGUGAAGGUACAAGAGAACACCCAGGUUGAGGACGAAGAUCCGAUGAGCGGCAAUCGUCCUUUGUCUCCAGAGGACUUCCUCCACGUUGCACAUCAGGCCAGUCGACUCUCCAUACCAUCCGUGGCAGGUCUCUCCGAGCGAAUCUCUGAGCUCAUUCCUGGGCUGCGCAAUCUGUCAAAUUUGCGAUUGGACUCUUUGCUAUCGUCCGACAACACCCCACCAGCAGGCAGGACAUCCAAUGAGUUUGGCAGGCCAGAUACCGUCCUCACCAACCGCACUUCUGCUGGUUUCCGCACACUCGCAGAGCGCGCCGAGGAAAUCGUGGUCAAUGGCACACACGACUCUGCCGCGCCAUCCGCUCUUCACGCGUUGCUCAACAAAGAUCUCCCACCACUACCGGGCUCGGCUUCUGCCGACGAGUUCUCUGGGAUCAAUUCGAUGGAUGGCAAAUCGUCAUACUUGAGCGGGUCCGUCUCUGUGCCUGUUGAUCUCGGCAAAGACGUGUCGCGUCCAGUGUCUGCUCUUCUUCGCACCAGAGCGCCCACCACUGAGCAAGAGGUCCAGGAGUUGCUUCCCAAGGGCAUAAACCCACUUGCUCGACUUGGGAACAGACGCUCUGCCAUCUUGUCACAGCCGAACAGUCGUCCGUGGAACGUUGACAAGAACUACCCCUGGUCGGGCAAUAAGAUCGAAAUCGACCUUUCGGUACCUUCUCCGGCGCAUACUUGCACUUCCUUCGCCAGCGAUGUUCUGCGGGAGCGCAAGACCAGAUCUCUUGAUCUGCCGAGCAGCUCGAGAUCUCCCACGGGCAGCAAAGGCAUUGACAUCGGGUCCAUCACUGCUUCCCCCGCAGGAUCUCGCUUUUCGGUGACCACUGAGCAAUUGACUGGGGUCAGCACUGCUCAUCUCAGACACAAGUCGAAGAGGUCAAUCAUCGGUUCCAUCUCGAAGAAGUUUGGCAUCACCUCUGGACGCAACGCAAACCUUGAUGAUAUCGUGGGCAAGAGUUUGCCAGGGUCACCUGUUCCUCGCCAGGCUUCAGUACUUUCCCACAAACCUGGUGACCGGUACCCGACCAGCAGUCUGACUCCACCCGCCAUCGCCGCAUUGGAUGAGGUGCGCUCGUUCUUCUCGGAUAACAGCUCAGAGCGUCACCGUACGGCAUCUUUCCGCAAGCGCCUCACACAGUUCAAAGGCAAAAGCAAGACUCCUCGCAUCGAACUGCAUCCUCCUCGCACAACACAAUCUCUGGACCUUCAAGGUAACACCGAGUACAGCGCCGGUUCGAUUAACGAAGCCCGAUCCGAGAGUGCUGCCAUGCACUUGCAGUACGACGCGGCCGGCAUGGGCAAAGCCGAAUUCCACUUCAAGCGCUUUGGGGAGAAACUGCGUCACUUCUUCCAUCGUGGCAGUGAGUUGUUCCGGAGCAUCAGUACGCGAGGUCGACCGAGGAGGAAUGAACCGAGAGACGAGUGGCUUGCGGAUUCGCUGUAUUCCGGUGUGUAA